GCGGCUAGAGAUAAUGAGAUGAGACAUUCCUGAUAUCAAGCUACUCCUGAGCCAAUGUCAGAAGUGUCUUAUCUGGGCUAAGGAGAGAAAGAAAUGGACUGUUGCUCAGUGGUCCAAAGUCCUCUUUUCAGAUGAAAGUACAUUUUGCAUUUAAUUUGGAAAUCACGGUUGUAGAGUCUGGAGGAAGAGUGGAGAGGCACAGAAUCUAAGGUGUUUGAAGCCCAGUGUGAAGUUUCCACAGUCUGUGAUGAUUUGAGGUGCCAGGUCAUCUGCUGGUGUUGGUCCACUGUGUUUUAUCAAGUCCAAAGUCAACACAGCCAUCUACAAGGAAAUUUUAGAGCACUUCAUACUUCCAUCUCCUGACAAGCUUUUUGGAGAUGCUGAUUUCCUUUUCCAGAAGGACUUUGCACCUACCCACAGUGCCAAAACUACUACCAAAUGGUUUGCUGACCAGGAUAUUACUGUGUUUGAUUGGCCAGCCAACUUGCCUGACCUGAACCCCAUAGAGAAUCUAUGGGGUAUUGUCAAGAGGAAGAUGAGAAACACCCAACCCAAAAAUACAGAUGCACUGAAGGCCACUAUCAAAGCAACCUGGGCUUCAAUAACACCUCAGCAGUGCCACAGACUGAUCACCUCCAUGCCACACCGCAUUGAUACAGUAAUUCAUGGUAAAGGAGCCCCAACCAAGUAUUGAGUGUAUAAAUGAAUAUACUUUUCAGAAGUUGGACAUUUCUGUAUUGUAAAUCCUUUUUUUGAUUGAUCUUAGGGAAUAUUCUAAUAUGCUCUUUUUUUCUAAUAUGCUCUAAUAUGCUCUUUUUUCUAAUAUGCUCAUCUAUUCCAAGAUGCUCUUUUUAUACCCAUUCAUGUUAAUGACCUAUUGCCAAUUGACCUAAUGAGUUGCCAUUUGGUCCUCCAGCUGUUCCUUUUUUUGUACCUUUAACUUUUCCAGCCUCUUAUUGCCCCUGUCCCAACUUUUUUGAGAUGUUGCUGUCAUGAAAUUUCAAAUGAGCCAAUAUUUGGCAUGAAAUUUCAAAAUGUCUCACUUUCGACAUUUGAUAUGUCAGGUUGAUGUCAAUAAUGAUGGGCACACCCGCCCAUGUGGAUCUCAAGUUAGUUGCACGUCAUCCACAACACAAGUCUCAGCAACACGCAUUAAACAAGAAGCGGAACAUGCAGCCCUGCUUGAACGUGCAGCUGCACAGAAGAAAAGGCAGCAGCUUGAGCUUGAAAUGGCUGCAAAGGAGACUGAAAUGACCAGACUUAAAGUCGCAAAGGAAGAACUUGAGCUGGAGACUGCAUUAGCUGAAAGUAGUGCAAAAAUAAAGGUGCUCAAAGAAUAUGAGAACUCAGAAGAUGGUUUGAGUAGCCACAGACAAGCACAAAAGCUACGAGGUGGGAACGUGAAGCAAGAAAGAACCAGCUUUCCUCUUCAACCAGGCAGCAUGAACUUUCACGCACCACCACAAACGUGGCACAAUGUGGUUCCACAAGAUUUGAACUAUAAUGCGCCAACCAACAGAGAUGAGGACGUAAUAAAGGUCAUGCAAAAUCAGAAUGUAAUUACUGAACUGCUAGUUAAACAACAGAAGCAAUCUCAGCUACCCGUGAAGGAUAUUCCUGUCUUCAGAGGUGAUGCACUGCAAUACAAAUCAUUCAAAAGAGCAUUUGAGCACUCAAUAGAACAAAGGACAGACAACGAUCAAGACAAAUUGUACUUUUUAGAACAGUUUACAGCCGGUGAACCCCAAGAGUUAGUCCGCAGCUGUGCACACAUGCCACCCAGCAAAGGCUACUACAAAGCAAAGCGUCUACUUCAUAAACACUAUGGGGAUGAGCUACAGAUCGCCAGUGCAUACAUCGAUAAGGCAUUAAAAUGGCCGCAGAUCAAGUCAGAUGAUGGAAAGGCAUUGAGUGCUUAUGCAAUGUUUUUGGUUGGAUGUCGCAACUCUAUGGAGGACAUAGACUUCUUAGAUGAGAUGGACAAUCCUACUAACCUACGAACAGUGGUAUCCAAACUACCUUACAAAAUGAAAGAACGCUGGCGUGCUGAAGCUUUUGAUAUUAAAGAGCGAAGAGGCAUAAGAGCAAGGUUUGCUGAUUUAGUGAGUUACAUAGACCGCCAAGCUAAAAUAAUGCUUGAUCCCCUCUUCGGUAAUAUACCAGACAGCCGCUCAGUCACAACUGGAAAAACUGAGCACAAAGAAAGGUAUCCUGCAAAGAGAGAGAUCUGUGGAAGCAGUUUUGCCAGAAACGUUUCAGCUGAAAAUCAACGGUCUCCAGGAUCAUAUGUGAAACCAGCAAACUCAAGCAAGACAGGGAUUGCCUUUGAGAAGCCAUGUUUGUACUGCCAGCAAUCUCACACCCUAGCUACAUGUAGCCUAAUCAAAAUGCAGCCACACAAAGAACGUGUGGAGUUCUUGAAGCUAAAGGGCCUGUGUUUUGGAUGCUUAACCCCUGGCCAUCUCAGCAAAUUCUGCAAAAGAAGAAUUGAGUGUAAAGAAUGUGCAUUAAAGCACCCAGACAUUCUACACACACCAAAAAGGGAAGUUUCUGUCUCACCUGACAAGAGUGAUGGUGGCCACGGAAAUAAAGUAAGUUCUGUUUCAUCUGAGAAGGCUUGUGGUGCUUACAAGGAAGAAGUAUCAUGUGCUCAAGUUUCUAUCGCUCAAGAAUCUUGCAGCCUCACAGGGGCCGGAGAACCUGAAUGUGUGCUGUCAACAGUACCAGUGAAGAUUAAGUCAAAAAAGGGUGACAAGUAUGUGGAAACGUUUGCGUUCAUGGAUCCAGGAAGUACGGCAACAUUCUGCACUAGAGACCUGCAAAGAAAACUGAACGUUAAAGGGAAACCAACACAAACUUCUCAGCACCAUGGGUCAAAACAAACCUGAGGAACAGAAACUCAUGAACAGUUAUGUGAUAUCGGACCUGGAAGAGUGCGGACUGGAAGACAACAAGUAUAUUCAGUUACCCAAGGUGUACACUCACAACAACAUACCUGUUCAUACUGACAGCAUACCAAAGCAAUCAGAUAUAGAGAAGUGGCCUUACCUCAAAGAAGUACGCUUGCCAGAAAUAGAAGCGGAUGUAGGCCUACUUAUUGGAGCAAACUGUCCAAAGGCAAUGAAGCCAUGGCGCAUCGUCAACAGUAGAGAUGGAAGACCUUAUGCAGUGAAGACUGCUGUUGGCUGGAUCGUGAAUGGGCCCAUAAGAAAAGAGCUGGACGACACAGAAUAAACCACCUCAAUGUUCAGUGAACAGGAUCUCUGUGAUGGAAAAUGAGAAGUUGCUGGUCCAACAAUACAAUGCUGACUUCCCAGAGCGUAACUAUGACGACAAAGAAGAGUUGUCACAAGAAGGCAAACAAUGGAGCACUUGCAUGUGACGUCACAUCCGCUCCAGAUUGUAGACAAACGCCAUCUUGUCGGUUAAACACCAUAUUUCCGACACUGACUUUCAUUAUUUUUCGCCGAAAUAUUCAAAUAUUACUGUGCCACAAUGCCGGAGAGUUGCAUGGCAUAUAAAUGCCACAACAGGAGAGGUCAGAAAACGGGAAGUUAGUUUCAUAGGCUGCCACGGGACCCUGACAGGCGCGCAAAAUGGAUUGCUGCUAUCGGCCGGGCUGAUCCAAACAACAAGAAAAAGGCAUGGGUACCAACUGGAAGGAAUAAUCACUGGCGCCUGUGCAGUGACCAUUUCAUCUCAGACGGACGUGUCGGACAGAAGGCUGGGGGCUGUUCUGUCCCAGGAGGUGGAGGACCGUCCAGUGCUGUACAUCAGCCAGAAGCUGUCGGUGCAUGAGGGCAGGUGCAGCACAAUUGAAAAGGAGUGCCUCGCCAUCAAGUGGGCGGACCUUGCCCUCCGCUACUACCUGCUGGGGCGCCCUUUCACCCUCUGUUCGGAUCACGCGCCCCUGCAGUGGCUCCACCGCAUGAAGGAUGCCAAUGCGCAGAUCACCAGUUGGUAUCUGGCACUCCAGCCGUUUAAGUUCGAGGUGGUCCACAGGCCAGGGGUGCAGAUGGUCAUGGCGGAUUUC